GGAGAACAGUCGACGGUUGUACUACAGCAUAGUACUGCAAACAGCUGUGGAAGCGUCUUCUGCUUUGUACACACGUUUCGCUGAUCUGGUCAAUGGAUUACACAGUUUCCCUACAAGUGCAACAUCAAUUGACGGUGUUCCCGACACACUUGUACCAGGGUUACAGUUUGGAGUUACAGAUGAAGUCUACAGAAGUGGACCAAGGGCUUUUCACAGACACCUACUGUAAAGUGUGCAGCGCCCAGCUCAUCUCCGAGUCCCAGAGGGUUGCCCACUAUGAGAGUCGGAAACAUGCCAAUAAAGUGCGGCUGUAUUACAUGCUACAUCCCGUGGAUGGAGGCUGCCCAGCAAAGAAACUCAGAACAGACAAUGGCAGUGAGGAGGGAGACGUGGACAAGAACAAGUGUUGCACACUGUGUAACAUGUCCUUCACCUCAGCAGUGGUGGCACAGUCACAUUACCAAGGCAAAAUCCACGCCAAGAGACUAAAGCUGCUGCUGGGGGAGCAGCCUGCCAUCACAGCAAAAGAGGCUCCGCCCAGUCCCGUGAAAAGCUCCCCAGAAACGACCCCAUUGACCUCUCCUCGGCAGCGCAGGGACUCGGACCGCUACUGCCAGCUAUGCAACGCCUGGUUCAACAAUCCGGGCAUGGCACAGCAGCACUAUGACGGCAAGAAGCACAAGAAAAACGCAGCUCGUGCCGACCUCCUGGAACAGCUGGGCAAGACCCUGGACAUGGGAGAGAUGAAAGGUCUGAAACGUAGCUAUACCUGUGAAGUCUGCAGUGUCACACUCAACUCUGUGGCACAGUACCAUGCACAUCUGCAGGGCUCAAAGCACCAAAACAACCUGAAGAAUCAGAUAUGUGUCCAGUGAAUCUUGAAGAACAAAACAAACCAUUUGAUUGAUGUCAGACAAGCUGUGUUCAGCUUGCCCCAAUUUUUCUGCCUCUGCCCUGCUUUCUCUCUCUACCACACACACACACACACACACACACACACACACACACACACACACACACACACACACACACACACACACACACACACACACACACACUGUAUCUUUGUCUCUCUCCAUUGCCCUGCUAGCAUACAAUAGGAGAGCAAGUUUUUUUUAUGCUUCUGCUCCACAGCAUCUGUCUCACCUGUCACCUGUCAACUUAUUAAGGCUUCUGCAGAACUCUUGUCAUUUUGGCCAUGUGAUAAUCAACAUUCCACAGAUUCUGCAUUUCACACCAACAGAUUCUCAGUACUUUUAAAGACGAUGGUCGACGAGAAUAAAUGUGGAUCCAGCAAAGGGGCAGUCCCCUCAAUGCAUGAAGAAAUGAACGACCUGCAACUUCAUGCUAACUAUGCUUUUGCUUUAGUUGUAAGUGGUUAGAGAGAGGAAGACUCUCAAUGGCAUUUUGGCUUGAGUAAUAACGUGUUUUUUGUAAUUUAUUUACCUGAAAUAGAAUAUGUAUAAGAGAACUGAUAUAUAAGUAGUGUAUUGUUUUUUAAAUCUUAUUUAUGAGUAAUUUAUUUUAUUUUUAAAAUGUAUUUUGCCCUCAGACUGUUUUUUUUCUUUAGAAUAAUGUAUAAUAAUAUAAUAAUGUGUGGGUCUAUGCUAUAUAUUCCCAUCUAAUCUCACAGUAACAUAAUAUCCCUGGUGGACAAGUUGGCAAUAAUAAUGACAGUUUGUACAAUGUCAUUGAACAUAAUGGCAUGGUGCACAAGUUGCUUUAUAUAUAAUACACUAAAAGGUUUUCAUAAUGUUUACAAUUUGAAUCUGAACUGAUUUAUCUGCAGCUCCAGUAGUCCUAAAUAGGGGAUCUACAGGUAACUGCCAAAAUAAAGGAAACACAAUAAGGUAUAUUGAAAGCAGGUGUAUUGAAAGCAGAUGCUUCCAAACAGAUGUGGUUCAUUGGUUAAUUAAGCAAUUAAAAUCCCGUCAUGCUUAGGGUCAUAAUAUAAAAUGCCUAGUUGCCAAUUAUUUUGGACUAAUUAACCCAGGAACCACAGUGACUUUGAAAGAGGGGUCUCAAAGGAGCAUAGGGGGUUUAAAGGUGUGUGUGUGUGCGUGUGUCAGUCACCAGAUCUCAACCCAAUUGAACACGUAUGGGAGAUGAUGGAAUUUCUGGUGGAGUUGUAGAAUCUAUGCCAAGGCACAUUAAAGCUGUUCUGGCAGCUCGUGGUGGCCCAACACCCCAUUAAAACACUAGGUUGGUGUUUCCUUUAUUUUGGCAGUUACCUGUACGUUGUCAGUGUUCCAGGUAUAAACAUGUGUUCUCUGUUCCUCCAUGCGGUUUGAGGUUCAAAUGUGGUCUUCGUCUCAGGGAGGUCCCAUUGAUUACUAUUGUCCAGAUUUAUGAUUCAGAUUCAUGAUUCAACAAAACUGUUCAAAAAAUGUGUUCACUGAAUUCAUUCCAAUAGAGCCUUUUAGAAUGUGUUAGUAUUACAGCCAAUUACAGUCGAUUUGAAUCAAACCAUAUUAUUCUGUAAUGGUGUAAAACAUUGCUGUUAUGAUGAUGAUGAUGAUGUCUUAUUCAGAAAUUGAGAGUAUUUAAAAAGCAAUCCAACUUUAAUAUACAACCUUAUCUCAACCUUCUGUAGCAACUCUUUCAUUCUAAUAGUUAUAAGAACAUUAAAGCUAUGUUAUGACAGUGGUUGGUGUUGCCAUACAUUUUACUUAACCAGAGUUUGGUGGUUAAAGAGAACUACUAAGCAGGUGUUCUAGUUUGAAUAUCUAUUUGUUCUUACUGUUGUAGAUGAAGCAGUUUAUUUGUCAUUGGGGAAGCAGAUGUAUCUGUAUACAGACAUAAGAGUUACUUAUUAUCCUGCCAGUACAGUGCAGUCAGUGUCUGUCGACAGCAAAAACGUGUUUGAUCAAUAGCCUUGAUAAAUGUGUUAAAAGGGAUUUUUGUGUGCUAAUUUAUAAAUAACUGAUCUGUUUGUUUUGAAAUGAGCAAUGUCUGGAAUUGUUAAACCAAUUGAAACCAACCCUUCUCCUACCUUUUUAAUUUGUUUUAGAAGACUUCAGACAUUUUGGAUUUACUGCUUACACAUUUAAAAAAAACACACCUAAGCAUUUUCAUGCGUCUUAGAGAGAUGGAGUGAGAAAUUCUAAAACAUACGACAAAUCUUCCUGAACUGAACACCAACUGAAGCUGGCUCAACUCAGAGCCAUCCGCCUUGUGAGAUGCCACAGGCAACAACAACAAAAAUACAAUAAUGUAUAAAGUGUUUUUAAUAUUACAAACAACUUAAGAUGUGCAUGAAUGAUUUACUAAUUAAUGAAACUAUCCUUCUCAGAUCCACUGAAUUUCUUUGCUCAGACCAAGUCAUAACGUUGCAUUCUGCCCAACUUUGCAUUGGAUCUGGUGUCUCUCCCUCGAUCUCCAGAGGAACUCCAUGUCUCAUACACCCCUACUCCCUUUGUGCUCUCUCUAGGUCAUGUACUCUACGGUGUCUGAAAAACAAUAAAAGACACUUGCAAC